UGGCGGCGGAAGGGUGACCAGAGGUCAAGGCCUGCAAAUCUGGUUCCCUUCCUGAAGCGGGCUUGCAAACUUUCCUGUUGGGUAACUUUGAAUUCUUGGUAUGUUUAGCCUUAGCCGUGCCUAACCACUGUAUCCCCUCAGCCUUGCGACCCCAGAGCCGCCAAUGUCUCAUGUUUCCCAGAGCGGCCAGGCACUCCCCAUGUAUCUGUGGCUGACUUGAAUUCCUGAUCCUCUUGGCCUCCACCUCCCCAGGGCUAGGAUUUCAGGUCUGGCUUCUCUGGAGCCCCACCCUGGAGCCAUGGUCCACGCCUUCCUCAUCCACACCUUAAGGGCCCCGAAUUCGGAAGAUGAUUCGGGCCUUUGCAGAGUGCUUUACUCCUGUGUCUUUGGUGCUGAGAAGUCACCCCAAGAUCCACGGCCACAUGGUGCAGCAAGGGACAGGCUCUUCCGCAAGGAGCAGAUUUUGGCUGUGGCCAGACAGGUGGAGUCGCUAUGCAGGCUGCAGCAGCAAGCAUCCGGCUGUUCCUCCGCAGGCCUGCAGCCUCAGCUCUCGGAUGAGCCCGUGUCCCUGCAUGAGGCCCCUCAUGGAGCCUUCCACCUGGUAGCUGGGGAUCCUUUCCACGAACCACAGACAGUAGUAUGGUUGGGGGUGCUCUCCUUGGGCUUUGCCCUGGUGCUGGAUACCCAUGAGAACCUGCUGCUGGCUGAGAGCACACUCAGGCUCUUGGCCCGCCUCCUUCUUGACCAUCUCCGGCUGCUGACACCAGGUACCAACUUCUUGUUGCGGGCUGACCGCAUUGAGGGAAUCCUUACUCGCUUCCUGCCCCACGGGCAGCUGCUUUUCCUCAAUGAUCAGUUUGUCCAGGAUCUGGAGAAGGAAUUCAGUGCUGCUUGGCCCCGCUGACCCCCUCACCAGAAUGAGGCCUCUUGAAAGGACAAAGAGGGAAGCUAAAGAUUGCAUACUGCAAGGGGAAGUGUGGCACCUGCCUCCUGCCUAGCCUGCUCUCCACUCUGUGCGGCCACAGUCAGGGCAAAUGGAUUGGGCAAGCCGGCAGGAAGGUCCUGGGUAGAAAGCAGAGGGAGGCUGUCUAUGCCUGUUCUCAGGACACUGGACUCGCAGACCAUCCUGAACCUGAACAGUGUGACCUCUUAGACUCUGCCGGUGACCACCAUGCUAGUCCUUGACUCCCUUCCUUUCAGCCCUACCAGCCGCCUGUACUGGGAGCCGUGUACUGGCUGCCAAGAUGUUCUCUGUCUAUAACCCCACACUAAAGGAGUCCCUGAGACUCCCUUCAAGGCUGGGGAGCUGGGCCAGUGUGCUAGCAAGCCCUAGCCCCUGCCUUUGCAAAUCAUCAAGGAUUUUGUCAGCAAGGACUGUUUUACACCCAGCUCUACCACAGCUCAGAACACGGGGAUUCUGCAGCCCCUUAUAUGCUGAAGCCUGUAUCUGCCAGGCGAGCUGAGAGCACAGCAGAUUUUCUUGUCUGCUGUCUGGCAGAUGUCAGGUAUCUGGCCCCGGUGAUGCCUUAUUUUGAAGUAAAAACAGUGGCCGUC